AUGAACGCCAUAGGAAACUCUCCCGCCUAUGCAGUGCGGCAGUGGCGCUUCAGUGCCGAGCAGGGCAAAUGGAUCAUGCUCACCGCCCAGCAAGUGGAGAGGGAGGCGGGCAAUGUAAACAAGUCUACGCUGCGGAUGGUCACCUACAACGUUUGGUUCGGCGAACACGCCCGCACCAUCAGGAUCCGGGCCAUCCUGAGCAUGCUACCGGAACUUGAUGCCGACGUCGUCUGCAUUCAGGAAGCGACCGACGAGUGGAUCGCAGAGAUGACGAACAACCCCUACGUUCAGAAGCACUACACGGUGUCCGACGUCGACGGGCGCACCCUCCGCGGGUACGGCGUGGUGAUGCUCUCGCGGCUGCCCAUGACCAAGCUCGCCAUGUGGUGGCUCCCCUCCAACAUGGGCCGCUCUGCCCUCAUCGCCACCUCCACCAUCAACAACGAAACAGUGAGCAUCGGAACCGUCCAUCUGGAGAGCUUGGACCAGGCGCCGUAUCGCGAGAAACAGCUGGAGAUCAUCGCCGGUGCUCUGAAAUCGUCGACGCACGCCGGACUGAUGGGCGAUUUCAACUUUGACUCCGAGCGCAACCACAACCCCGAGUUGCAUCGCAAUUCGCGUCUGAUGAGAAAAACGGAACACGAACCGUGCAGCACGCAUCCGCUGGAGAACGAGGCACUGGCGCGUCUUUACCCCGAGUAUGUGGACGUGUGGGCCGAGCUCCACCCCGACCUCCGCGGCCUGACCUUCGACACCGGCGUCAACCGCAUGAUCAGUGGGAACGAGCAGAUGAGGUAUGAUCGGGUGAUGUGGAAGUCGGGGAGGGGAAGUGGCGCCCCAGGUCCAUCCAAAUGCUCGGAACCCAGCCGCUACGAGGCCUUCAGAUCAGAGCUGACCGCCAGGUGGCGUGUUUUCCUCACACAGACCGUGUGGCCAUCGGACCACUUUGGCCUGUUCACCGAGCUCGAGUACCACCGUCCCUCAGAGUGA